AAAGCAUCUAAAAAAUAAGUUCCUGUAUACGUUCCUAGUGAUAUCAUGGCUGUGUAUGUCUGCUUGAUUCUGUGUGUACUUGCCAGAGAAAUUGGAUCAUCGGGAGUGUGUAAAAUAUCAACAAAUGAAAUAGAAUGUUGUACAGAUUACAAGUUGAAAGGAACCAAAUGCAUUCCUUGUAUAGGCUCAUUUGGAAAGCAGUGUUCCUCCUUGUGUAAUCCCGGAAGUUGUGGGUUUGGCUGUAAAAACACAUGUCUGUGUGAGGAUUGUGACAGACUCAACUGUUCUUGCUUUACAGCAGAUACAUGGGAUUCUCGUGAUGAUGUGCAACUUAUAAUCGUAGUUUCGAGUGGAUUUUGUUUUGUGGCUGUCGUGACGUUGACUGGUUACAUAAUUAGGCGAUGUUCAACAAAGGCAAGCAGGAGGAAAGGCAAACAGUUUCGCCGAGAGUACACAUCAGGACAUACCUCGGCAUCUGUUUCUGAUACAGAACAGGAAGCACACCGACAGACAGACAGACAAACUAGACAGGAAACACUGCAAUCUGGAAACACCACACCGAAAAAUCGCCACGGCUGGGAGACGAACAAAAGCAUCUGUAUGUUUGAAUACGAUCUCGGUCAACACCUUGAGAAUUAAAUAUGCAGACUGCCUUAAUUUCAUUCGUUUAUGUACUGUAACAAUGCGUCAUUCUGCAUUGUAAUGAUGGAAUCAUUCUAUAGAAUAUUUCGACUUCAAGUAGACAUUUUAUACUUUUAAGAUAUUAUUUUGUUAUAAUUCUAAUAUGUAUAAAUCAUAAAACUCUUA